AUGAAAUCACUCAGGACAAUAUCAACACUCACAAUCUUGACGCUCAGCUUGGUGGUGGUGGCUGUUACUGCUAAGAACGUUGUGAAUCUUGAUGAUACGUUGUCAAGUACAAAACAAAUAAACGCCAAUAAUAUAACAUCAUUACAUUCCCAUAACACCUCUCAUGAAUGUCAUGAAAUCCAUACCAUACCCAAAGAUCAACAGUGUCAAUUCAUAAACACAUACUGUGGUGAUUAUAAAAUUGGUCUCAUUAAUUAUGUCUCGUUAUAUUACUGUCAUGGUGCUAAAAUACUCAAAUUGAUUUCAUUUGCAUUCAUUCUGAUUAUCUUAUUCACAACUUUAGGGAUAACUGCAUCUGAUUUCCUAUGUCCAAACCUUGAAACAAUAUCGAAAUUUUUCAAAAUGAGUGAAAGUUUAGCAGGUGUUACAUUAUUAGCCUUGGGUAAUGGAAGUCCUGAUGUUUUUUCAACUUUGGAAGCUAUGAAAAUAAAUUCUGCGAAUUUAGCAAUUGGUGAACUUUGUGGUGCUGCUUUAUUCAUCACAGGUGUUGUCGUGGGGAGUAUGUCUAUUGUUCGUCCUUUCAAAGUUGCUAAAAAACCAUUCAUUAGAGAUUUAUUGUUUUUAAUAUUUGCAUUGAUCAUCACAACUGUGUUUUUAAGUGAUGAGAAAAUAACAGUCUGGGAAGCAUUGGUAAUGAUGUUACUUUAUGUUGUUUAUGUUGUGUUUGUUGUAUUUUGGGAUUGGAUAACUACCAAGAAUAGAAGAAUUCAACUGAUGGAUCAAAAAAUUAGAAAUCACUAUUAUAACAAAUCAGAAGGUAUGACGCCGUAUCAAGUUGACACAAAUCAAGAAACAAAUGAUGAUGAUAUACUGGGUAACUUGGCCACGCCUGAUAUUGAGGAAUUGGGCCAAGAACUUGAAUCAGAAACUGUCAACAACUUUGAUGAUUGGAAUAAACAAUCUCAAACCAUGAUGAGAACUUCACUUUUGGGUGCUAUUGAAUUCAACACUAAAAUGCAAGAUUUUUAUGAAGGACGAGAAGGUGCAAUCAAGCUGAGUGAUGAUGUUGAAGAUCAUGGUAAUAUUUUAUUGAAUACAAUGGGUGGAAAUACAUCAAACAUUACACAACCUCCAAGACUGAGAAGUGAACCACUUUUAAGAGAUGAAAAUGAAGUGGUAUCAAAUGGUCAAAUAUACACUGCACCAGCAGAUUAUAAUUUUGAUUCAUUGUAUGAUAACCCUUCGGGUCUUGAUUUAUACAAUGCAGAGCACCUUCAUGCAGACUAUGGUGAUGUUCAUGAUAUUUUGAAAAAUAAAUUGAAAGAAGUUUUUGAAAAAACAAAACUUUUCAAUGGAGAAUCAAGUUUUUUAUUCACUCUAUUCCCAACUUUGAAAAAUUUCAAAUCUAAAUCAUUUUUUGAUAAAUUUUUCAGUAUAAUUUGUUUACCAUUGGUCGCUAUAUUGAGACUUACAGUACCAGUCGUUGAUGAGGAUUUCACAAUCAAGGAGAAGGGCUUCAAAUUACUUGUUUUGCAAUGCAUUUUUGCCCCAUUUGUUACAGCUUUCUUAAAUUUUUCAAAUGAUGGGUUCAAUAUCAAGUUAAUUUUAUUCCCUUCAAUCAUAUCAGCUACAUUUUUAUGCUUGUCAUUUGUCACCAAAGCUGCUGUUGAAAAAGGAAGUGAACUUUCAUCCAAAGUUUUCAAAAUAUGUUGCGCAUUACUUGGGUUUGGUAUAUCGGUUUCUUGGAUUUCUACAAUAGCUGCAGAAUUGAUUUCAAUCAUCAAAUUUUUUGCACUACUCUUGAAUCUUUCAGACGCUAUAUUAGGUAUAACUAUCUUUGCCAUUGGUAAUUCAUUAGGUGAUUUCAUUUCAAAUUUUACCAUUGCAAGAAUGGGAUUCCCAAUGAUGGCACUCUCAGCAUGCUUUGGUGGACCAUUAUUGAACAUUUUGCUAGGUAUCGGUGGUAGCGGACUACUCAUUAUUCCGAUUAAUGGUCCAAUUGAGUUAAAACUUUCCAAAACAUUAAUUGUCAGUGGUAUUGGGUUAUUUAUCAAUUUGUUAUUCUUGUUGAUAGCUGUUCCACUCAACAGAUUUGAGAUGAACAAAGUCACUGGAUGGUUUAUGGUUGGACUAUGGUGUAUUACAACAUCUAUUUGUGUAAUUAUUGAGAUCUUCAGUUGA